GUGUUUGGGUGCAGUGUAUUAGAUGGUGUUGGGGUACAGUGUGGAGCAUAGGCAGUGACUCAGUUAUUGGAUGGAUCUACUGCAGCGGAGAGAGAGAGAGAGGGAGAGAGGGAGGGAGGGAGGGAGAGAGAGAAUCAGAGAGGCAGUGUGUGUAUUUGAGAGAGGGAACAGGGCUUUGCUGUGCUAAAAUCUCAUUGCACCUUCUCUCUCCCUUUCUCUUUUUCUCCCUCCUCAUUCACUGCUUAUCUCUUUCUCUCCCCCUCUCUUUCCCCCUCUCUCUCUCCCUCCCUCUCCCUCUCCUUCUCUCUUCCUCUCCCUCUCCCCUCUCCUCUUAGCGUUCCCUCCAUUUGUUCCCGCGCUCUGCACUGAAGAUGACACCGCUAAUUUGGAGGAGCAUGAGAAGCCCCCGUCUCAGCCGGCGCCCGCAUCGCCAGAACACCCCCCACCGCUGGGUUUCCGCAGCGACGACCUGCCCUCUGUAGGGUGGCUUCGCAGCUGGGCUCUGGACACAUCUGAGUCUCAGAUCAGGGGCCACUGGCCUCUGCACCUCAGCCGAGAGCACCUCCAUGGAAAAACAGCUUCACAUCCGAAGCAAAGAACUACAAGAAACGCAAGAUAAAUGUCACAAGAUGGAGCAGGAGAUAUCCAAAUUCCAGCGUAAGAUGUCUGACCUGGAGACGGUGCUGCAGCAGAAGGAUGUGGAGCUGAAGGCCUCUGAGACACAGAGGACCAUCCUGGAGCAGGACCUGGCCACCUACAUCACCGAGUGCAGCAGUCUGAAGCGCAGUUUGGAGCAGGCUCGGAUGGAGGUUUCUGAGGAGGAUGAUAAGGCCUUACAGCUUCUUCAUGACAUACGAGAGCAGAGCAGCAAGCUGCAGGAGAUCAAAGAGCAGGAGUACCACGCCCAGCUGGAGGAGAUGCAGGUGGUCAUCAGGCAGCUGGAGGAGGACCUGUCUGCCGCCCGUCGCCGUAGCGACCUGUACGAGGUGGAGCUGCGAGAUUCGCGCCAGACCAGUGAGGAGCUGAAGAGGAAGGCUGUGGAGUACCAGCACCGCAUCCAGAAGGCUAAGGAGCAGGGCAAGGCAGAAGUGGAGGAGCUGCUAUGUAAGCUGGAGAAGACCAAUGCUGAACAACAAGCAAAAAUACAGGAGCUGCAGGAGAAGCUGGCCAAGGCGGUGAAAGCGAGCUCGGACGCCACGGAGCUGCUGCAGAACAUCCGGCAGUCCAAAGAGCGGCUGGAGCGCGAGCUGGAGAGGCUGCGGAACAAGGCCGACCCCAGCGACACCCUGCGCCGCCGCCUGAGAGAGACCGAGGAGGGCCGGAAGUCCCUGGAGAACCAGGUGAAGCGGCUGGAGAUGGUGGAGCGGCGGGAGAACAAGCUGAAGGACGACAUCCAGACCAAGUCCCAGCAGAUCCAGCAGAUGGCCGAGAAGAUCAUGGAGUUGGAGGAGAACCUGCGGGAGACUCAGGCCACUGCUCAGAGGAUGGAGGCUCAUCUGGUGCAGAAGGAGAGAAUGUAUGAAGAUAAGCUCAAGGUUCUGGAGGCUCAGAUGAAAGAGGACAUGGCUGACAAAGAGAUUCUGGAGUCCAAACGGGCCGAACAGGAAGAGGAAGCGCGGGAGAAGAGCAAGCUGCUUGGCGAGCACAAAGCGACCAUCAACGCCAUGGACUCCAAGAUGAAAAGCAUGGAGCAGAGGAUCGCCGAGCUCUCUGAGGCCAACAAGCUGGCGGCCAACAGCAGCAUCUACACCCAGAGGAACAUGAAAGCCCAGGAGGAGAUGAUCUCUGAGCUGCGGCAGCAGAAGUUCUACCUGGAGUCUCAGGCGGGGAAGCUGGAGGCCCAGAACGCCAAGCUGGAGGAGCACCUGGAGAAGAUGAGCCAGCAGGAGCAGGGCAAGAAGAGCAGGCUGCUGGAGCUGGAGACCCGGCUCAGAGAGAUGGGCCUGGAGCACGAGGAGCAGAAGCUGGAGAUCAAGCGGCAGGUGACGGAGCUGACGCUGUCGCUGCAGGAGAGGGAGGCGCAGAUCAGCGGGCUGCAGGCCGCACGCAGCGCCCUGGAGGCUCAGCUGCAGCAGGCCAAGACCGAGCUGGAGGAGACCACCACCGAGGCCGAGGAGGAGAUCACCGCACUGAGGGCUCACAGGGACGAGAUUCAGCGGAAGUUUGAUGCGCUCAGGGACAGCUGCUCUGUUAUCACCGAUCUGGAGGACCAGCUCACGCAGCUGUCCGAGGAGAACGCUGAGCUGAACCAGCAGAACUUCUACCUGUCCAAGCAGCUGGACGAGCUGUCGGACGAGAGGGAGGACCGCCUGCAGCUGAGCCAGGAGGUGGACCGCCUCCGGAGGGAGGUGGCCGACCGCGAGAUGCACCUCAACAACCAGAAACAGGUGCCCUGGCUCCACCCCCAUAACAUUGAGACGCUGAAGACCACGUGCUCCAUGCUGGAGGAGCAGGUGCUGGAGCUGGAGACGCUCAACGAGGAGCUCCUGGAGAAGGAGCGGCACUGGGAGACCUGGAGGGGAGCGCUGGAGGACGACAAGAACGAGGCGGAGAGGAGGACGCGCGACACGCAGCGGCUGCUGGACACGGAGAAGCAGAACAGGCUACGCGCGGACCAGCGCAAUUCCGAGUCUCGCCAGGCGGUGGAGCUAGCAGUGCGGGAGCACAAGGCAGAGAUCAUGGCUCUGCAGCAGGCCUUGAAGGACCAGAAACUGAAGGCUGAGAGUCUGUCUGAUACACUGAAUGACCUGGAGAAGAGGCACGCCAUGCUGGAGAUGAACGCCCGCAGCCUGCAGCACAAGCUGGAGACAGAGAGAGAGCUCAAACAGAGACUGCUGGAGGAGCAAGCGAAGCUGCAGCAGCAGAUGGACGCGCAGAAGCAGCACAUCUUUCGCCUGACACAGGGCCUGCAGGACGCCCUGGACCAGACAGACCUGCUGAAGACCGAGCGUACAGACCUGGAGUACCAGCUGGAGAACAUGCAGGCGGUGUACUCCCAUGAGAAGGUGAAGAUGGAGGGCACUAUCUCCCAGCAGACCAAGCUCAUUGACUUCCUGCAGGCCAAAGCUGACCAGCCCAGUAAGAAGAAAAAGAGCAUUUUUGGGCGUCGUCGGGAGGACCUGGUGGGCGUCGGUGCGGGAGUGGCCGCGGGCGGGGCCGCAGGCUCGGGUGGAGGAAUGGGGAGCCCUCAGUCCUCAGCGGCCACCCCGGUACCCCUGCAGUACAGCGACAUGAUGGCGGCUCUGGACAAGGAGCGCGCGAGGUCGUCCGAGCUGGAGGAGGCGCUGCAGAAGCUACGCAUGGAACUGCGCUCUCUGAGGGGGGACGUGGUGCACUUCAAAGCGCAGGAGCACAGCGGCCCCUCCACCCCGGCCCUGGCCCGCUCGCAGGCCCUCACGUCCUCCAUCAGGUCCCCCGAGCGGCAGGCCAGCCCCGGGGGCCUCCUCGCCCCCUCCAGCUCCGCCCGCCGCAAGGACGUCGCCACGCCUGAGGAGAAGAGGAGGGUCACUUUUGAAAAGUUUAGCUGGCGGGGGAAGGACAGGAGUCACCACAGCACUCCGCACCGCUUCACCGUGGGGCUCAACAUGCGGGCGGCUAAGUGUGCCGUGUGCCUGGACACCGUGCAUUUCGGCCGGCAGGCGGCCACCUGUCUGGAGUGCCAAGCUCUGUGCCAUCCGAAAUGCUCCCCCUGUCUCCCCUCCACCUGCGGCCUGCCUGCGGAGUACAGCUUUGGAGAAGGGCUGUCCCGGGACAAGCCCAGCUCCCCCACCCAGCAGCCCAAAGAGGCCAGCGGGCACGUCAGGCUGGAGGGCUGGAUGAAGCAGCCCAGGAAUGGGAAACGAGGCCAGCAGGGAUGGGAGAGAAAGUACGUGGUUCUGGACGGGACCAAGGUGUCCAUUUACGAGACGGAGCCCAGAGAAGAUUCGGCCAGGCCGCAGGAGGAGAUCGAGCUGUGCCCGCCUGACGGGGACGUGACGGUGCAUGGUGCGGUCGGGGCGUCCGAGCUCAUCAACACCGCCAAGUCAGAUAUCCCCUACGUGCUGAAGCUGGAGUCGCAUUCCCACGCCUCCUACUGGCCGGGCCAGGCGUUGUACUUCAUGGCUCCGAGCUUCCCGGACAAACAGCGCUGGGUUGCCGUGCUGGAGUCGGUGGUUGCCGGGGGGCGGGGCUCGAGAGAGAAGGCGGAGGCUGACGCAGCUGCUGUCUCCAAAAGGCAGAAGACUCUGUCCCCCCUGGUCCAGAAACUGCUGGGCAACUCACUGCUGAAACUGGAGGGAGAGGACCGGCUGGACAUAAACUGCACCUUACCGCUCACAGACCAGAUAGUGCUGGUUGGUGCAGAGGAGGGUCUGUAUGCUCUGAAUGUGAUAAAGAACUCUCUGCUGCACCUGCCAGGUCUGGGCUCAGUGUUCCAGAUCCAAAUUCUGAAGGACCACGGCUGCCUGCUCAUGAUCACUGGCGGAGAGAGGGCGCUGUGUAUGAUUGAGAUUAAGAAAGUGAAGCAGUGUCUGGCCCAGUCUCACCUCCCGGCCCAGUCCGAGCUCUGUCCCUUCAUCUUCGAGACCGUCAAGGGCUGCCACCUCUUCGCUGCGGGCAAGAUCGAGGGCGGGGCCUGCAUCUGUGCCGCGCUGCACAAUAAGAUCAUCAUCCUGCGCUACAACGACAGCCUCAACAAGUUCUGCAUCAGAAAGGAAAUCGAGACGUCGGAGCCCUGCAGCUGCAUCCACUUCACAGGGUACAGCAUCAUCAUCGGCACCAACAAGUUCUACCAGAUCGAGAUGAAGCAGUACAUCCUGGAAGAGUUCCUGGACAAGGGCGACGUGACGCUGGCCUCGGCCGUCUUCGCCGCGGCGACCCACAGCUUCCCCAUCUCCAUCAUGCAGGUCAACAGCGCCCCCCAGAAGGACGAGUACAUGCUGUGCUUCCACGAGUUUGGCCUGUUUGUGGACGCGUACGGACGCCGGAGCCGCAGCGAGGACAUUAAAUGGAGUCGCCUGCCUCUGUCCUUCGCCUACAGAGAGCCGUACCUGUUUGUGACGUACUUCAACUCUCUGGACAUCAUUGAGAUCCAGCCGCACGGUGCUCUGGGCCCCCCGGCCCACGUUCACCUGGACAUCCCCAGCCCGCGCUACCUUGGCCCCGCCAUCUCCUCGGGGGCGGUGUACCUGGCCUCCUCCUACCAGAACAAGCUGCGGGUCAUCUGCUGCAAGGGCAACCUGGUGCGGGAGUCCGAGCUGCACCGGACCUCCUCCGGCAGGAGCAGCCCCACCAAGCGGGGCCCGCCCAGCUACACCGAGCACAUCUCCAAGCGGCUGGCCUCCAGCCCUGGCUCCCUGGACGGCGGCCUGCACCGGGACCCCAGCACGCCGCACCGCUACCGCGAGGGACGCACCGAGUUCCGCCGAGACAAGUCCCCCGCGCGGCCGCUGGACCGCGACAAGUCCCCCGCCCGCCCGCUCGAGCACGACAAGUCCCCGGGCCGGGCCAUGGAGAGCCGCCGGGACCGCUCCCCCGGGAGGAUUUUCGAGGAUCGGCCCCGUCUCCACACGGGAUCCGUCCGCACGCCGCUCACGCCCGUCAACAAGGUGUGGGAUCAAUCGUCUGUCUGACUGUGACAAUUCCAUCACCUCAUCCAAUCAGUGGAACGACUCAUACCUCUGGUCCCGCCCCUAGUCUGACAGAACUUCACUUCUCUGGUCCUGCAAGGGUUGCUCUUAGAGCAGAGUGGGUCAGAGGUCAGAUUAAUAUCGGGCCUCAUUUUAGGAGCCCAGCAGAAGUGCCUGGAAAAAAAUGCAUUGCCUGCACAAAACAGAAGUCACUCUCAGCUGCAGCGGUGUCUGUCUGAGUAUACAGAGUUCAGAGUAGUAUUCAACCAGCAGCCUUAUCAUUGUGAAACUUGCACCAGCUUGAGGACUAAAGCUUAGCAGGAUGGGGCUUGGUUAGGGCUACUGUUAUUGUUAGGGUUAGCACUAGGAUGGGACAACUCCUGGGAAAACUAUGUUGCUGUUGGAAGAGGAGUUGGCCAGUAGGGGGCAGUCUUCCCUUUGGACCAAAUAAAAUCCAAUGUCCCAGAGCAGUGACAGGAAGACUGAGCUUUGGUAGAUGCCGUCUCGUAUAUAAGACAUUAUACUAAUGUCCUGACUCACUGUGGUCAAUCGAAACCCCAUAGCAAUUGGGGGUUUCCAUGAUGUUUUGGUCAAAUUCCCAACAAAGCGCUCACCAUUCAACCCCCAGCUGAAUUGGCUUAAUAAUCUCCAACUCUCUGCUUUAGAUGUGGCUACACGAGUAAUGGUUGUUUUCCCCACCACACUUCACUGUAAGCUCUUUGAAAUACCAAGAUGAAAGCCCCUAUAUACAACUAAAACCACUGUGUUGGGGACUGGAGAUUAUAAAUCUUUGCUGUGAUUGGUGAUCUGCCCUCACCUGUGUCUGCUGUGAUUGGUGGAUGGAGAUGAGUGCACACUUCCUUGUAGGCUCCUAAACAGAGGAUCAUGUGACCGUCUGACCCCUCCCCUUUGACCGCAGCCCUUCAGCGCUCGACCGGAGCGCUGCCAUGCCAACGCGGUGGAGCCGCCUUCCACGGGCCGCUACGGCCACUGUUACGACCGCAUUUCGCUGUGCGUCCUCGCUGCGCUCUCUCUCUCUCUCUCACACACACACACACACACACACACACACACCCACACCCGACCUCCACUCUCGAAGCCGCUGUGUGUUUCAGUAGCAGUUUCAUCAGGCAGAAUUUUGAUGAAUCGCGUUAUCUCACAUUAUCCUGACCAACAUAUAGGAAGUUCCCUGCUCCCACCUGAGAAAUGUAACCAAUUAGUGUGUUUUUAGAGAGGGGGUUGUGGUUUGGAGGGAAAUUAAAAUGGGCUACCGCAGCAGACCACGCCGGGGUUCCACUCCUGUCAGCUAAGAACCGGAAGAUUCACGUUCACCAAAGCUGGCCAAUAAAAAUGUUGCCUGGUCUUACGAAUAUCAAUUCCUAGAGAUGCAGAUGAGGGUCAGAGUUUGGCAUAAACAGCAAGGAUCCAUCCUGCCUUGUGUCAGUAGUGCAGGGUGGUGGUGGUGGUGGUGUAAUGGUGUGGGGAAUGGUUUCUUGGCACAUGAUAGGCCCCUUAAUACCUAUUGAGCUUUAUUUGAAUGGCACAGCAUACUUCAGCAUCGUUGCUGACCAUGUGCAUCCCUUCACAACCAGUCUACCCUUUUUCAAAUGGAUACUUCCAGCAGGAGAAUGCACCGUGUCACUAAGCAACCACCAUCUCAAGCUGGAUCUGUGAGCAUGACAGUGACUUUGGCCAAUGGCCUGCACAGUCCCUAGAUCUCAAUCCAAUAGAGUGGGAGGAACGGGAGAUUGGCAGCAUGAAUGUGUGACCAAAAAGAUCUGCAGGAACUGAGUGAUGCUAUCGAGUCAGCAUGGACCAAAUUUCAUGAGGAACGUUUCCAGCACCUUGUUGAAUCCAUGCCGCCAAGAAUUCAGGCUGUUCUGGAGGCAAAGGGUGCCCAGUACUAGACAGGCGUACCUAAUCAAGUGACCAGUGAGUGUAGUCUACCCUCUCCUCUCCCCUGUCCCCCAUAACCUACCUAGCAAGGCUUCACUGGGGCCAGAGUGUCCAGCCAAACCUCCACAGUGUCGCUUUCUCCGAUGGCCUCUGUAAAUAGCUUGACUCUGGGUUUUGUAGAGAUUAAAUGGAGUAUGAGGCUGCUGACCAGCCGUGUCUAUUUUUAUUAAAUAAGUGUUUCUAACAUGUGACCUGAAUGUUGUUCCAUUGAGAAUAUCCCACGUCCCGGUUCUCGCCAGAAGGAAUGCCGUUGUUCUCCUCCGUGUGACGGCACGGAGUCCCAGCUGCCCACCUGUGUCAUGGUACAAUGUGCUUCUCACCUGCGCCAGGUGCUGAACCGGUUAGCCGCUAACGAAAAAAAAAAGACAAACAUGCGCUGCGUUAAUGCUGCUUUCCUGUGAACUAAACCAAGUUUUUGCUAAGAGCUUGUGUGAUAUAUAUAAUGUCCAAAAUAGUUUAUUUAUUUUUUUGAGAGGUUUUAUUUUGAAGAAUAAAGGUGACAGCACCGACAUCAAACACUGCAGCAGGUCAGAAGACUCAACAGCGCCCCCUGCAGCUUGCUGUAUUCCUAUCGCUUUAGCGCACUCUGUGCAGCUCUCCGCACCAGGGCCCCCACAGUUCGACAUGACCGUUACCCUCUUCUUUUUACCAUCUGGGUCCUUAUUCACAGCAGUGCUGAUCUAGGAUCUGUUUUCCAGUAUCCACAUCCAACCUUAUCUAUUCUGAGCUAUAAUGCAGCGCUGAUUCAAGAUCAGGGCCUGUAUUCACUAAGCACGCGAGCAAUAGCGCUGAUGUAGGACCGGUCUACCGUUCAUAUAAUAAACUAUAAAAAAACAUAAUAUAUAAUAAAAUAUCAGCAAUACUCCUCUGCAAUGCUUUAUGAAUAUAGGUUCUGGGGCCUCAUUUAUAGAAUUUGCUUGGAUUUCAUGCUAAAUUUGAUAUUAUAUUCAAAUCUAUUGUACUGUGAGUAAGAAUGAUUUAUAUAAUGUUUGUAUAUUUGAAUAAAGAUUCAUACGUCCGACAUUUGCAUGUUUCACCUAAAAAUCGCAAGUGACCAUGAACUCUUGUGACCGUAAACAAGCUCAAUUUCUCUCUCCAGUGAAUGCCUUCAGUUAGCUUUAUAAGCUGGACUUCCCCGUCUCCUUUUUCCCAUGUAAAUUAUUUAGCAAUUACAGUGUACAAGCUGCAACUGAAAAUGUGAUGCAAGCAUUAUACCUGCAUUACAGCUGACCAGCCACAAGGGAUAGUUUAUACACAUGGUCUGGAGCUUGCUUAGAGGCAAGCACAUUUUCAUGUUUAAAAAAAAAAAAAAAAUUUUUUACAUCACACCUACGUGAAUUUCAUCGUACACACAAUUUACAAUAAAAUACUGUAUGUGUACAAAAAUGCAAUAGAUAAGGCCCCUGAUCUUGGAUCAGUUUCGAGGUACAACGCACAAAAUUAUUUGGUGAAAAAGUCAUGGCCGAAAGUCCUGGUGAAAUGGCAGAGCUGCACAGCAAGUCUCAUUAAAAAAGUUUUCCCUCACAGAAAGAUCCCCACAUCGGGGUCACGUUUAUUUUUCAUAAUGUUUAUUUAGUCUUAUUUUUGGCUUUUCCUAUCUUUGCUGUAUUCACUGCUUAUAUAUGACAACAAAAAAAACAGAUGGUGAUGUCUUGACAACUGCUAUUUACUGUAGUUUUUCCUGAUUUUUUUCUAAAUGUUAAGACUGCAUUAAACAUGACUGAGCUACUCUCAUGUA